AAGUGUUGUAAAACACACAUACACGUGUUUGACGUAACCGGCACAGCUGACUGAAUUGAAAGACGAAGAAAACGCAUAUUAUUGAAAUGCGCGUACCCGGGGCCCUCUAUGCCGCACGUGGCAGAACGCCGCAGAAGGAGAAGGAUGUGCCAUUCCAAGAGAUUCUGCCCCUGCGCCUGAAGAACACGGUGAGCGGCAAGGCGGAUUCCGGCUCGGAUGUGGCAUGUCUGCAGGAGAUGGGCGUACUCUUCGCCUGCAUGAAGGACAACGAGUUUGUGGAGAAGUACUGCGACAAGGAGAUCCAGAAGUUUCAGAACUGCUUCAAGUGCUACAUGGACCGCAAGUUCGAGGCCAAGAAGACCAUCAACCAAGGCGUCGUUCAGCCGGGCAACAACCUCAACUACAAGCAGCUGAACAAGUAUAUGCGUCGCUUCCCCAAUCCCCUCUAGACUAGAACAGACUGUUGAGCCAUUUAAUAAUACACAAACUAUUUACAAAGUA